ACUAGACAAGACCCAAAAUGCCGCGUGUGAUGAUCAAGGGAGGUGUGUGGAGGAACACGGAGGACGAGAUCAUGAAGGCCGCCGUCAUGAAGUACGGGAAGAAUCAGUGGUCUAGGAUUGCUUCCCUACUCCACAGGAAAUCUGCCAAGCAGUGUAAGGCCCGUUGGUUUGAAUGGUUGGAUCCCAGCAUUAAGAAAACAGAAUGGGGAAAAGAG